AUGCAGAGGCAGGCGCAGGAAGCGGAAAGUGAUCGGAAAGAAGCACUGACUUGGCAGAACAAACUUAUUCGUGUGCAGCAGGACAGGAAUGACGCACAGGAACGUUUGCGGGUAUGCAUGAAAGAAACGGAGGCCGCACAGGCGGAGCUCGAGGAGGCUCACAAACAGCUGCGCAUGAAGGACAUUUACCUUCGUCAACUUGGUGCUUAUACAGGCGCUACCGCACCAACAGCUACCGAUACUCGGAAUUUUAGU